GUUCAUAUUUACUUUCUCUUAUCUGCAAACUAAAACCUCUGAUACCAUCAAAGAAAAACUCUAUAAAGUUUCGGAUAUGGGAGUUUUGAAGAGAAGAGUAUCGACUAGUAGAGGACUUGGUGGUGUUCUUAGAGAGCAAAGAGCUAAGCUUUACAUCAUCAAACGAUGUGUUGUGAUGCUCCUAUGUUGGCAAGAUUGAUCUUGGUUGUUCUGAGAGGUCGUACCUUGAAGCUUAUAAACCGGAUCAAAGGGAUGAUUGCAAGAAGAUAUGAAGGAGAAAACUGGUUUGGUUUGCUUGCUAAUCGUCGAUCUUGGGGGAUGAAAUUUCAUUACACUUUUGAUAUGGGUAUAUAUUUUCGGUUGGUGGAGGUAAAUUUGUAUAUAUCGACGAAUAAAAACUUUGGGAUAACUUUUGUAAUGGCUUUUUCCUUAGUUCUAUAGCUCUCCCCCGUUGUAAAUUCAACUAUAUCACACAUAAUCUAAUCAGUACCAGUUCUUAA